GAAGAAAAGUCGCGAGGACAGGCCAGCGUCGCACCGGCGUCUUGAGCUCAGAUCUCCUCGUUCUAAGCGAUAUAUCCACCUCCACCUAAAUUCACAAGUCGAUAGAACCUGAAUUCUCCACGCUUUCGGCCAAUUUCGACGACGUCGACGCAUGGAGUCGGUCAUGCUGCGUGUCCGGCUGCUGCUGGGGACCAUGGCACUGGGCUAUGGUGUCAUCUUCGUGCUCUGUAUAUGGCUCGUCGUCUACAUGCGAUAUUAUCGAUCUGGAGCAUUACGAGGAGACACAAGAGCAGCACGUAGAGUGCUUCUACCAGCUUUUCAACCUCUGCUGUGGCUACUUACUGUAGUAUCCUUAGCAUACACCAUUUGCAUCACGUUGAUGCUGGUACUGGGACCGGAAUUGGGGGACUCUGGACUCGUGAGAUCCGAAGUUUAUUACAGUGGACGGCUCUUUGUGAUUGCAUUACCAGUGCUGUAUCUACAACAGCGAGCGGUGACAUUGAGAGCAUUAGUGCGAGCGUCAUUGCUUUCGUUAUUACUUGCAACUUAUAAUAUCCCGCUAGUAUGGUCAGUGAGCAAAGUAGCGGACGCGAGGACAGCACAUUAUGUGACAAUAGCAACUGGAGCCUUUCCAUUGUUUGUGCUGGGAUGGAUAUGCUUGAGGCCGUCAGAGAGAGCAAGUCAGAAGACAAUGCGCGAGUAUGCGGCGUUCGUGGUGAUUUACUAUGUGUUGAGGUUGACGUACGGGGAGUUGUUGUAUCUCGGUCAUAACUUCAGAGACGCCGCAUUCACAGUGACCCUAGUGUGUGUUUUCUGGGGGUCUUUAGUGCCUGUGGUGAUAUGGCGAGUACUCAAGGCCGAUACUGAUCACUGGAGGGGUCUUGGACGACGUGCAGUACAUCUCCAAUCGCUAUUUCGACAAAAGUAUCAUUACCUCCACGAACGCGUAUCAUCUCGAGGACUUCAUGUUCUCAUUGAAAUGCACCGGAAGCAGAUAAUUGAUUUUGCGUAUCUUGCAUUGCAACGAAAGAUCGGUGCUGGUGCGAGUGCAGUAGUGUUCCAAGGCAUGUUACACUCCAAGGUUCCAGUUGCAGUCAAAGUGUACACGCCGCGUGUACUAACGGAAGAGGUUGUGGCCGAAUUCUCACACGAGGCAGCACUGUGCGGUGCUUUUCACCACCCCAAUGUCGUCCGAUUCUACGGCAUGUGUGUGAGUCCACCCACGGUAUGUUUAGUCUCGGAAUUGUGCCAAGCUUCGCUCGAAGACGUCACACGCACCAGUGCUAGAUUGAGGUUACUAUAUCAGCAAAAUCAUGAACACGAGGCUGGACAAGAUAUCAGUCUUCCGAGCCGACUACAAGAGCGUCAACAACUCCUGAUUGACCUCAACUUCAUGAUAGACGCUACACGCGCUGUCGUGUAUAUGCACAGCUUCACACCAGCUUUCCUACAUCGAGAUCUUAAGCCAUCGAACUUCCUGGUUGACGACUUUGGUACCUGUAAACUGACGGACUUUGGAGAAUCACGCAGCGUUCCGACAAUGCAAAAGGACGACAAACUGAAGGCUGUAACUGAUACGACAGGUGCUACUGCGUCAACGUCAGCCACCGUGUUCUUCGGAGAGUCUUAUAUGGGGAUGCAGACUCCGACCACCUCGACACCGUUUGUGUCUCCUCCUGUGUCACUGCGGCCUUCAAUGCGUGACCGCGGACGCAGUGCGAUGACUGUCCGUGGUACAGCAGACUAUAUGGCUCCAGAGCUGAUUGAAGGCAAGGCUGGUACGGCUGUUUACGGCGAGGCUGCUGAUGUCUACUCGCUCGCGAUCACGUUGUGGGAUAUUGCGAAUCCUCUUGUACCCAAGUACCCGGAGGCAACUCGAAGUCAUCUCCAAGUUUUCGACAGCGUUCUUAAUGGCGAACGACCUCCACUCAGUUCAUCGCUACACCCUGAAUUGCGGAGAUUGUUUACAGAUGCGUGGCACCAGCAACCAGAGCGUCGACCGUCUGCGACCUACAUCCUCACGGCGCUAGAAACGCUUCAACAAGAGGUCAGUGCUCACACCGCGUUGGGUCUUGCUACAGCACUAGAGCGUUGCGAGGCGCCGUCUAUGGUGAACGGUCAAGUUCUUAUGCAGCGUAUGCUUGAGGUUGGCUAUGUGGACUCCGCGGCGGAGGCUUAUCGGAUGGGGAACUCGCUGAUGAGUGCCGGUUUCCUGCACCAUUCGCGGCAUCUUGAGUCGUUCCGAAAGACAUCCGAGCUCUUUUAUUUUGAUUCGGAUGUGUUGGAAUUGUACGCACCUGCCACACCCGACGGCACUCUAUUUACACCGUCAAGUCCUUUUAGCGCCACCUUCUCUGACGAAAUGCCUGGUCGUCGGAACAAGCAUCGACGUCGAGCUACAGAUUCUCCUAUGGCGACGCGAUGUUUCUCUCCUCCUGCUGUAAAGAAGCGAAGCUCGACGACUGCGUGUCAUCGCGCUAUUACCGAGAUUCCUGCCUGUGCCUGUGCUUGUCGGAAACUCGGUCGCGGUUUUGGUAACCAGGAACGCAGACACAAGCGCCGAUUCCGAAGAACCAAGAAAUGGUUUUCUAUUAUGGAGGAGAGCGUCUUCACUGGGAAGUUGCGCUCACAUAAUGCUGCGUCUCAUCCGUCUCUAGCGGAGACGGAUGGGUUUGAAGAGUACGGUGUUAGUGGCAAUUGGGAAGAUAUGGAGUCUGGCGAGACGACUGGUAUGAAUGUCUCGGAUGUGACCAGCAUUGACGAGAACUUGGAGCUUGAUCUCGACGACAUCGAGAGCACCGCCAAUGUGACCUUAGAGAGUGGCUGGGGCUCUCCUCGCUCGUCAAUCGUCAUCAUUUAG